AUGUCAGGUGUUGAAGGAAUUGUGGUUAAUGAUGAAUAUAGAGAGAGAAGAUCUGAUUUUGAGAACUCUGAAGAUGAAAGACGCAGGUCAAAAAUUGGUAAUCUCAAGAAAAAGGCCUUGAACGCUUCAAAUAAGUUCACCCACUCUCUUAAGAAAAGAGGGAAAAGGAAAAUAGAUUAUAGGGUUUCUUCAGUUUCCAUAGAAGAUGUAAGGGAUGCAAAAGAGGAGAGUGCUGUCCAUGAAUUGCGCCAAAAGCUUCUCGAAAGGGAUUUGUUGCCUCCCAGGCAUGAUGACUAUCAUACUUUGUUAAGAUUUUUGAAAGCUAGAGAGUUUAACAUUGAUAAAACGAUCCAGAUGUGGGAAGAAAUGAUUAACUGGAGGAAAGAAUAUGGGACAGACACCAUUCUAGAGGAUUUUGAGUUUGAAGAGCUGGAGGAAGUCUUGCAACAUUACCCCCAAGGUUACCAUGGAGUCGAUAAGGAAGGCCGACCAGUUUACAUUGAGAGGCUUGGGAAAGCUCAUCCGAGCAGGCUAAUGCGUAUCACCACUAUAGAACGCUAUUUGAAGUACCAUGUCCAGGAGUUUGAGAGGGCUAUACAAGAGAAAUUCCCUGCUUGUUCUAUUGCUGCAAAGAGACGGAUUUGUUUGACGACUACCAUUUUGGAUGUGCAAGGUUUGGGCGUUAAGAAUUUUACUAGGACUGCUGCAACUCUCUUGGGUGCCAUGACGAAGAUAGAUAACAGUUAUUACCCUGAGACAUUGCAUCGAAUGUUUGUUGUUAAUGCUGGUCCUGGCUUUAAGAAGAUGCUUUGGCCUGCGGCACAGAAGUUUCUGGAUGCAAAGACCAUUGCAAAGAUACAGGUUUUGGAUCCCAAAUCCCUGCAUAAGCUACUGGAAGUUAUUGACUCAAGUCAAUUGCCAGACUUCUUGGGGGGUUCUUGCUCUUGUUUGGCUGAAGGAGGGUGCCUUAGAUCCAAUAAAGGUCCAUGGAAUGAUCCUGAAAUAAUGAAGCUCGUACAUAAUGCAGAACCAAUAUUUGUGACGGAAAUCUCCAGAGUGUCUAAUGACAAGCAGACAUUUGACUUGUAUAAUCAGAUGCGCCCUCUGAAGGGAAAAAGCAGGGAUAGAUUAACAGCAGAAUCAGGGUCAGAUAUUGAUGAUCCUCCUUCUCCAUCUGGACAAAAGAGUUCUACCUUCCCAAGCUUGGCCCCCGUUGAUGAAGAAGCAAGGGCAUCAGAUCCAAGUAUCUACUACAGUUGUGAUGACAAUUUUACUCUGGCUGAGAAAACUAUUCUUAGAGGGGUGAUAUCAAAUUUGGAAGGUUUAUUCAUCCGUUGGUUUGACAUUGUCAAGGAAAAGGUUGGGAAAACAAGUAUCCCAAAUGCGACAAGAACCUUGAUAUCAUUCGUGAUCAAACUAUUUGCACUUUUUCGUAGUCUACCAUUUGAAUAUUGGAGAAGGCAGAACAACAUUUAUCCAUCUAAUUUGAUGGAACAUAACACACAUAUCCAUUCAACUGCUGCUGAAGCUGUGAAUGAAGAAGACCGUGUCCGUCCAUGUAUAGAUCGUCUUCAGAGACUAGAGAAAAUAUUUGAGGAACUAAGCAACAAGCCUGCUGGAAUCCCUUUGGAAAAGGAGAAAAUGCUAACAGAAUCCCUGGAGAGGAUCAAGUCUGUCGAGUUUGACCUUGUGAAAACAAAGAGUGUACUGCAUACUACAGUGGUAAAGCAACGGGAGAUUGCUGAGUUGCUAGACAAUUUACGGGAGUCUAAAUGUCGUCAAAGAAGGGAACCUGAAAUCCCCACACCAAGUGUUGUAGUCUUGAUGAAGAAAAUGCUUUCAAUGCGAACACCAGAAAAUGUUUUUGGAAUUGACUCAAGGAGACUACCCUCAGAAAACAUUGAAUUUUGCCACCGUGAAUUGAAACUGGGAAAACCCACUUCAGCAGCGGCCAUACUCAAGGAGACUGCCAUAUUUGUGAUCCCACACUCCAACGUAAAGAGCUUCUAUCUCAGGACUGAAUGA